AAAAAAAAAAAAAAGCCAGUACAAUGCAUUUUUUUUUUCUCUUUUUCUUUACAAAAUGAACAUUCUACCUAAUCCUAUACAACUUGUUCAUAGUUCUGAUUUCCAUAUCAACUUGGAAACAAGUCACAUCAUACUACAUGGUAGCGUUGAUGAGUCUGCUGGUGUUAUCUUGAGAGGUUCUGUUGUUCUCAAUUGUCAGGAAACUACCAAAGUACGUUCUAUCUCACUUAAAUUUAUCGGGAAAGCCAAGGUUAACUGGACAGAAGGCCUUGGAUCUCACCAGCGCCAUUACAAAGAUGAAAAGACCAUCAUCAAGCACGAGUGGAGUUUUUUGAGACCCAAACACAAAAACUAUCAUUUACCCGAAGGCCAUUACAAAUGGGAUUUUGAACUUCCUUUACCCGGUGAUUUGCCUGAAACAGUCAACCAUGAACUUGGACAAGUUAGUUAUCGCCUAAAAGCUGUGGUAGAUAGACCCACUUUCUCUAUGAAUUACAAUGAUCGUCGAGAGAUCAAAGUUUCGCGUGUGUUACUACCUUCGUCAUUGGAAUUAUCACAAAUUGUUGUUAUUUCUAAUGUCUGGGUUGAUAAAUUAAGUUAUGAUAUCAGCAUCCCAAGUAAGGUGUUCAGUAUGGGCAGCAUUAUUCCAGUUACAUUUGCUUUACAGCCUAUUGCGCCAGAUUUACGGGUGCGCUCUGUCUCUUGUGUGUUAAAGGAAUACACAACAUUGUCUGCCGAAGAUCAUUCAAAAAUGGAAGGUAAAGUCAUUAAACACAUAAGAGACGAGGAAUUUUCAAGUGGGCAAGAUCCAUGGACAAAGACCGAGCUGGUACCAGUGCCUGAACUCUCUUCCCAUCUUGUCCAGACAGAUUCAGCAUGUGAUUUGAUAAAAAUUAAGCAUAAAUUAAAGUUUACGGUAUCAUUAACAAAUGCUGAUGGACAUAUUUCAGAGUUAAGAGCAGCAAUUCCAGUAGUGAUAGCAGAAGUCUCACCCGUAGAGGAUGAGAAUGUACUACCAGCUUAUGAAGAUGCAUGGAAAUCAGCACCUUAUGAUCCACAGCAAGUAGCAACACUCAUUGCUCGAGGUGAUCUUCCUCCUUCUAUUGCUAUUUCAGCGCCAAACGAAGCAGCCAUUGGAGUACAUACAUCAUCAUCCAAUUCAGAUACAGAGGAUGAGAAUGAAGCGCAUGGACAAGCAGUGGUAGAUCCAUUGCCUUGGGAAGGAAUUGAUUUAUCAAGAGUACCAUCUUACACAACAGCCAUUCGAUCCAAUAGACUUUAUAGUUUCUCUGGUUCAUUGCCUGGUUACGAUGCUGUGGUAGCUGUGCCUGGUAGAAGCAGUUGAGAGACUAUUUGCGUCAUCCUAUAUUAUAUACAUAGACAUUCCUGUAGACAUAAAAUUCAUUUAUAAAGAAGUUCCA